AUGGUCGAAAAUCUUGGAGGAUACAAGAUCCGGAUUCCCCCUUUCCAUGGCAACAAUCCUGAUGAGUACAUGGACUGGGAGAAGAAGUGUGAGUUCAACUUCAACUUACACAACAUAUCCAACAUCAACAGAGUCAAACUGGCGGUCUCUGAGUUCAAUGACUAUGCCCUAAGGUGGUGGGAACAAGUCGUGACCGCAAGAGAGAUUGGUGGAGCUCUUGAGAGAAGCCACUAUGUCCAGGUUCCUUGGAGGGCUCAACCGAGAUCCAAGAUUGUGGAGAUGCAAAACUGUGUGGGCUUGAGUCUAUGCUACACAAAGGCCGUUCUGGCUGAGCAACAGCUCAAGAGAAAGACCACGCAUGGAGCUGAUCAGCGCAGGCCGAUGCCAGAGACUCCAAACCGGCUUUCACACCAAAAGAGCCAAGAGGAACCUUCUUACAGUCAAGACAAGGACAAGAACAAGUCCAGUCAACUCUGCCCUAGAGCCCGCUUAAGUGCUUCAGUGUCAAGGCUUUGGACACUAUGCCAUGAAUGCCGCAACAAGAAGAUAUGA